GAAUGUGAAAGAUACAUAGCAUUGUGGACUGGAAAUCUUUGGCCAUGUUUGGACAAAUGGUGUAUCUGGUUCUCAUAUUGAAUCAGUUUCAUCUUUUUGCAACUUUACAUGCUGAGUUCUAUCCAUGUGAAAUUCACACUACCAAGGACGGACACAUAAAUGUGGACUGUCGGCACAGACGUCUUGCCAACAUCCCUAAAUUCAUAUCCCUCUCGGUUAUAUCACUCAACUUAAAUGAAAACCACAUUCACCACAUCAAAGGUGCUGCAUUUUCUGGAUUACCCAAUCUCAGGCAUCUCAGCUUGAUGUGGAACUGCUUACCGGAUCGUCUUAAGGAACAGAGAUGGCCUUCUUGCAGCCUGAAAAUUGACCCUGAUGCAUUUAGUGGACUUAAAAACCUGACUUCCCUCCAGUUAGCAGGGAACAGCCUGAAAACCAUACCUCCUCUUCCAAAGCAGCUUGAGGUUCUGGGACUGGAAUUUAAUAAUAUCUUUAAUAUUGUCACACCUCUAGGUACACCACUACUAAAACAACUACUACUAAGCAAGAAUUGCUUCUACGCCAACCCAUGUUAUCAGUCUUACUUUAUUGACGCAAAUGUGUUUCAAGAUCUCCCUGAGCUUUUGAAUCUUACGCUUAGUUACAACAACGUGACCACUGUUCCCCCACACCUUCCACUUUCGCUAGAAAGUCUAGACUUGGGGGAGAACAAGAUCACGCAUAUCAAUAAGGAGUCCUUUUUGAACAUGAAACAUCUGCGACACCUUAACCUAGGGUGGAAUUGCCAAAGGUGUGACCAUGCUUCCGAGCCCUGUUUCCCAUGCCCAAACAACCAAUCUCUGAAUCUGCACCAGGAUGCAUUUUUGGAUCAGAGGGACUCUCUAAUUAGUCUAAGUCUGCGAGGCAAUUCACUGCAUAUGCUUCCUCAGCAUCUCUUCGCACGACUCCGCAAGCUCCAAGAGUUAGAUCUGUCCGACAACUUUUUAGCCUACGCCAUCCAGAACGGCACCUUUUAUGAAGAACUCCAGAAUGUUGUGUCCCUCAGUCUUCUUUAUAACUAUGAACCCCAGAAAUCCUUUCCUGAAUUGAUUCUGUCACCGUCCAUUGAGAAGAUGGUGGCUCUGCGAGAGUUGUACAUAAGUGGAUUAUUCUUCAAAGUACUGUCAAACCACAGCCUUGCACCUCUGGUCAAACUGCCAAGACUCGAGUCCCUGGAGCUACGCAUGAACUUCAUCUGCUCUGUUAGCAUUGAUGCUAUAAGCCAGCUGAGAACAUUAAGGAGGGUGGGCCUUUCCCAAAACAUGCUUGCUUUUAGUUCAUGCUUUUCAACCUGCAAUUCUGAAGCCAUACCACGCAGCUACCAAACCCUUGGAAAACGUGAUGAUGGACAGCUCAACUUGCAAGCUCAAAAAGUCCCCCUACUGAGCUCAGGGCUGAGCACUAUGCAGGCCUCUGAAGAAGAUUACUGUCCUUUUUAUUAUUCUAUUUGGCAUUUCAAAAAGCAGAUCUGCUCGAAAAACCUGCUUUUUGACCUCUCUCAGAACAGCAUCCCAUGGCUGAAUGCAAGUACUUUUAGAGGCAUGGAAAAAGUGGUAUGCAUAGAUCUGUCCUACAACUAUAUAAGUCAAACUUUAAAUGGCCGGCAGUUUACACAUCUAAGCAAAUUAACCUACCUUAAUAUGGCUCACAAUCGCAUUGACCUGUACUCUGACAAGGCCUUCCAGGAGAUAAGUGGCACGCUGAAAGCUCUCGACCUCAGCAACAACGAAUUCCACUUUGUAAUGAAGGGUAUGGGACAUAGCUUCACAUUCCUUUCACACUUAACAUCACUUACAGUACUGAGUCUAGCAAACAAUCACAUUGGUCUCAGAAUCUCUAACAUUCUUACAAGUACCUCUCUGAAGUAUCUUGAUUUCUCUGGAAAUCGUUUGGACAUAAUGUGGGACUCUAGGCGUGACCAAUACCUACAUUUCUUUCAGGGUCUUACAAACCUUACGCAAUUAGACGUUUCUGAAAAUCAGCUCAGAUCAUUUCCCCCAGAGGUAAUCGUAAACUUGCCUCCGAGCCUCCAGGUGCUCCGAGUGGACUCCAACAUGCUGACCUAUUUCCCUUGGGGCAACAUCUCAGUUCUCAAACAGCUCUGCCACCUGAACCUUAGUUCAAACAUGCUUUCGUUCCUACCUAGCAUGCAUUUUGAGCUCCGUCUCGUAAGCCUGGACCUAAGUCACAAUCGACUAGUUGCAAUCCCAAAGGCUUUCCUUAGUCAGGCAAUAAACCUUAAAAACCUAAUGCUUAACCACAACCAGCUGAAGAUCCUUGAUGUGCAGUCUCUUCCCUUGGCGUUCCAUAAAGGUUACACUUUCUGUCCUGCUGGGCAGAAUAAAAAUAAGUCCUCCUGCAAACUCGUGCUGCAUGCCAAUCCUUUUACUUGUAGUUGUGUUAUCUCUGGAUUCGCCAGAUUUCUCAGAGAAACCGAUUUGGAUAUCCCACAUCUCACCACAGAGGUUCACUGUGCUUAUCCAGAGUCACUGGCUGGUGUGAACGUCCUCUCGAUAGACCUUCACUCAUGCCAGGAGAUAUUUGGGAGCGUUGCGUUCCUCUGUACUUUAUUGUUGACUUUGGCAGCAACCAGCAUUCCCCUUUUGAAGCAUCUGUAUGGUUGGGACCUGUGGUACUGCAUACAGAUUUUAUGGACUGGACACAAGGGACACACUCCAGCCGAUGGCGGCAACAUGACAGACAACCAGUAUGAUGCGUUUGUGGUCUUUGAUACGAGUAACAAGGCAGUCAGGGAUUGGAUCUACAAGGAGAUGGUUGUGAGACUGGAGAACAGAGGGAGAUGGCGCUUUCGACUUUGUCUAGAGGAACGCGACUGGUUGCCUGGAGUAUCGUGCAUAGAGAAUCUCCACAAGGCUGUUUACAACAGCAGAAAGACUGUGUUUGUACUGACUAGCCCUAGUGGCUGUUCUCAUGAAAGUGGGGUCAUCCGACAGGCUUUCCUCCUCGUUCAGCAGCGCCUUUUAGAUGAGAAAGUGGAUGUUACAGUUCUUGUUUUGCUGGACGUUCUCUUCCCCAAAUUCAAAUACCUUCAGAUGAGAAAACGGAUCUGCAAAAAAUCUGUUCUGUCCUGGCCCAAUAACCCACGAGUGCAGCCACUCUUCUGGAACAACUUACGUGUUGCUCUUGUCUCUGAUAAUGUUAAAGCCUACAACAAGAAUGUCACAGAGAGUUUCUUCUAAGGAGGCUGAAGUGUAAUGAGAAUGUUACAUUUUAUGCUGUUUCAGGUUUUUGUUUGUUAGUGAGAAUGUAUGAUCUUAGUAUGGGCCAUUGGAAGUAUUGAAAAUAUUCAAAGAUGUUGAAAUACAGAAAUCUUAAUGCUCUCUGGCAAACUCAGUGAUUGACAAUGAUAUGCUAGAAGGUAGAAACACAGCUAAAAGACAAAAAAAAUAUGGACUGUCAAUUUGUGUACAUACCAACUAUGAACAUCUAAACAUCCGUUGUAGAAAAAGGGAAAAUCGGGGAAAUGACAAUUGGCAGUAAAUGUACAGUUUUUGUAUGAGGAACUAAUGCACCUGUUGGACCACAUAGCACACAUUCUUCAGAAUUUUAAGCAUUUGUACGCUUUCAGAUUCAUGCAAUUACGUCAAAAAAUAGCACUGCAGUUUCUAGAGCUUAGCAACUCAGUUACAAGAAAGCCUCUAAAAAAUAAAUAGUAAUAGAUGAAUUAGAAUUUUGUUGUUGUAAUAAUAGUUUAAUAUAGUUCCUUUCUUGAAUCAAACUACAUCUAUAUUUCAAGUUUGACAUUAAUGCUAAUAUACACAUUGUCAAGGUUUAUUAUUGUUUAAUUUGUUUAAGAUUUUCAGUACUGUAAAUCAGCAGCAAUAUUUGACGAUGUGCCUUUGUUAAGGAGGAUUCACAGUUUGUUCAGAUGUCAGUAAUAUUUUGUAAUAUUUGUAAUAUGUGGUUGCGGAGCGUAUUAUUCCUUUACAUGAAUGGAAAUGAUUUAAAAUCUUUUUGUGUAAAUUAUUUGGACCUUUAUUUAUUAUAUCUAUUGUAUUUCACUGUACAGAUCACACAUCAAAGCAACUUGUUGUUCUCUAAAGACAGUAAAGUCACAAAGGAACAAGCUCUGUUAAUCUUAAUGGACACCACUGUAAAUCGAAGUUAAACAUAUCUUGUUGUUUCCUACUAGUGUGUCCUGAGUAGUGGUUGUUGCCAGGGGCUAAACUGGCCUGAAAUGGCAUUGUGUUAUCCGCUAUAGUGGACAGAAAAAUACUUUUAACUUUUCAGUAAUAUUACAUAGAGUAUAAACUACCCUUAAUGAUAAAUCUUGACUUUUAUUAAUUGAAAAAUGUAAAGGUUAUUAUGUAGUGGUUACCAAAAAUGUCAGCAGAGAAGUCACAAGACUGAAAAUUUGUAAAAAAAAAAAAUGUAUUGUGAUUGCUGGAAUACUUUAACAUCCCACAUGAUUAAGCAUUUCCUUUAGCAAGGUAACAGGUGUGACUUUAUGUGGCGCUGCACAGAACAGGUCUGCUAGAAAUU